AUGGUCCAAGUACUUGAUACAUAUAUCAAUAAAUUAGUACGUAUAAUUACAUAUGAUGGACGAAUUAUAAUUGGAACAUUACAUGGAUUUGAUCAAGCAAUAAAUAUUAUCUUAGAUGAUAGUCAUGAACGUGUAUUUUCUUCAACAAACGGUGUUGAACAAAUUCUUCUUGGUCUUUAUAUAGUACGUGGUGAUAAUGCUGCAUUAAUUGAUGAAAUAGAUGAAGAACUUGAUAAUAAUAUUGAUUUUUUCAGAAUUCGUGCUGAUCCAUUACAAGCUGCUAAAACAUAA